GAGAGAGACAAGGAGGACAAGAUGUCGACUAUCAAGACGGUAGGGAUACUAGGUGGAGGUCAAUUAGGCCGUAUGCUCACUCAUCCCGCUGCCCUCCUCGGAAUCCCUCUGAUCAUCCUCGACUCUGGUGAAGAUACCCCAGCCAAACAAACCCUACAACCUCCACCUUCUCUCACUCAUUUAGACGGACCUUUCACUUCUGAAUCUCACAUCCGCGAGCUGGCCAGAUUAUGUGACGUCCUCACGGUAGAGAUUGAACACGUGAACGCCGAUGUUCUCGAAGCUGUCGAACGUGAAGGACUUUGCGAGGUUCAACCUUCUCCAAAGACCAUUCGACUCAUUCAAGAUAAAUAUACUCAGAAAUGUCAUUUGGCCAAUAAGGGAAUACCUGUAGCUCCAUUCCGACCUUUACCUCUCAAUCCAUCAGAAGAAGAUGUCAAACGGGUCGUAGAGGAAUUAGGUGUUCCUGUCAUGUUGAAAGCGAGAACUUUGGCAUAUGAUGGUAGAGGGAAUUCCCCUUUAAAAUCUGCCAGCUCGGGGGAUAUACAUGACUCUUUGGAUUUUUUAGGAGAUAGACCUUUAUAUGCCGAAGGUUGGGCACCGUUCGUAAAAGAAGUAGCUGUGAUGGUUGUGAGAAAUAAGGACGGAGAAGUUAGAAGUUAUGAUGCUGUGGAGACUAUACAUAAGGAUAGUAUUUUGAGAGUAUGUAUCGCUCCUCUUCGAGCGAGAGGGAUGUUGGGGGUGAAUCAAAGAGCCAGGGAAUUGGCAGAGAGGGCCGUUUCCACACUUGAAGGUGCGGGGAUAUUUGGAGUUGAGAUGUUUUUGAUGGAAGAUGGUUCACUCAUGAUCAAUGAAAUCGCCCCUCGUCCUCACAACUCAGGUCAUCACACCAUAGAAGCCUGUCAUACUUCUCAAUUCGAAAAUCAUCUCCGAGCCAUACUUUCUCUUCCAUUAGGAUCCACUUCCCUCCGAGUAUCCAGCGCAGCAAUGAUCAACAUCCUGGGGAUAUCUACCUCUUUAUCAGACGUACAUUCCAUUUCCAAUUCCGCUCUAUCCGUCCCUGGAGCUUCAGUUCAUUUGUAUGGUAAAACAUCUUCUAGACCAGGAAGAAAAAUGGGUCAUAUCACAAUCACUUCUCAAUCCGAUGCUGAACUAUACUCUUCCCUUCGAACUUUACUACAAUCACAACCUGAUUUAGAUGAGAAAUUCGUCGAUUCCAUUUCACCUUCACCUGAAAAAGGAAAGAGUCAUCCUUAUCCUUUAGUGGGAAUAAUCAUGGGUUCAGAUUCUGAUUUACCGAUCAUGUUACCAGCUACGAAGAUUUUAGAAAAGUUUGAAAUACCAUUUGAACUUAGCAUAACUUCGGCUCAUCGGACUCCGGAAAGGAUGACCAAAUAUGCUAAAGAAGCGGCCAGUAGGGGAUUGAGAGUUAUAAUUGCUGGAGCUGGUGGAGCAGCUCAUUUACCUGGUAUGGUAGCUAGUGAAACCGCUUUACCGGUAAUUGGUGUACCUGUCAAGGCUAGUGUAUUGGAUGGAGUUGAUUCUUUAUAUUCUAUCGUACAAAUGCCACGUGGGAUACCCGUCGCAACGGUAGGAAUUAACAAUUCGACCAAUGCUGCCAUUUUAGCGGUACGUAUAUUAAGCGGGAGCAUACCAACUCUUAUUCAAGCCAUGGAGAACUACGCACAAGAUUUGGAGAAAGAAGUAAUGGGGAAAGUCAAAUUACUCGAUGAACAAGGAUGGGACAAAUAUUCAGAAAAGUUGAAAAAGUAAUCCAAACUAUCAUCAUCACUAUCUUUCACCCUCAACUUUCUUGCUCAUUUGACAUAUUUCAUGCAUGGUUCGUCAUUUGACAGAGAUUUGGUAUUGCUUAUGCGGGGUAUUAAGUAUGACAGAAUUGAGACAGAUAGAUGAAUCGUCGAAAAUGACAAUG